AUGAACAACGCCUGCUUGAAGGACAACCGGUUUACCGGCUUCGGCCAAACGGGACUACGCAUACACGGACUUCAGCCAACUCCUCCUUCAACACCGGGGAUCCAGACCCGGAGCAUGAGCAGGUUGCAAAACCAAGGGGAUACGAGCUUUCAAAAUAAUGCUGCUUCGGCCCAUCCAACCGUUCCGGCAGCAUCGGCUUCUCCGUAUGGUGAAUGGAGGCCGGAUAUCGCUUACGGAAGUGAGCUUUGGGUUGAAGGUGAGGGCUUGAGUCGCAUUGAGCUUGCGGAUAGACGGGUUGCGCGUGCUCGCUUGAGGGUUGAGCAUUAUGGAAACGCUCCAAACCCCAUUUUCCAACAACAGCUGGAUGAGGAGAUCAGGAAGCGGGAGAAACUCGAUGAGAAGGACGAGGAAAACACCAAGCCGAUCUCCACCCUUGCUUCAACCCAUAUAGAAGCCAUCAACAAGCGUCUGGAGCUUCUGCGCGAGGUGCUGGCAAAAAGUGAAUCCGAAGCGCAGCGGGUGAAUAUACAAGCUGCCAUUGCGGGUUAUGAAUCCGGGGCAAUUGCGUAUUCAAGGUCGUAUACCCUCAUCUGGGCUGGCCGCAUCGUCGACACUUGUCCCGACUACGGCUCGUUCACGACGGACCGUGAUGAUCGGCUGGAUAGGUAUGUCGACGAGCAUGGACAGGGAUGGCUUUGGCACGAGCCACCUCUUGCAACACAAGGGAAAUUGCGUGCCAAAAAAGGCACCAGUCUUGAGAACCCGCUCCUGGGACGACUGGACACAUAUGGUCAAGGCCAUUAUAACAUCAAGAUGUAUUUCCGCGCGCGCAAGGAGAGGGUCAUGCGUGGAGGUAACAAGCGCGCGAAGAAGGCGAAGGCUAAGUUGCGAAAGUUCAGCAACGCCCAACCUGACGAAGAUGCCCAAGUGGUCGAGUUGUCUUUGCUCCUCGACUCGGGCGCCACGCUACCCUGUAUCAAACCCCAAGACCUUGCCCUCCUUGGCAUUGACCCGAAGACAUACGCAGCACAAACAGCAUCGGAACUUCACCUCGGUGAGGGUACGGUAAGGAGGGCCAUAUAUGAGCUGGAUGUUGGGUUCAGGUUCGGCGAGGAAGACUGGGCGUUCCAUACGAUGCCAGUAAUCGUCUUGGAGGGCGAAAGUCGACUAAGCGGCAUGCUCCCCUUCAAUGUGUGCUACAUGUCGAGCGCACCAGGCACAUAUCGAAUGUGGCUUGGCCAGAAACGGCGUGACAUCUUGGGAGCAGGCCGGCUACCGGGCCGCAUGAAGGCCGGAGGAGUGCACGACGGCGAGGGCCGCAAUCCGUUUUACGGAGCUCUUGGAACGCCAGCAAACCGCUUUUGGGCCACGGGAGGUAUCGGCCUGAGAGACCGCGAUAUGUCAUCUCGAUUUCUCAAGGACCGCAGGGAUGAGUAUGAUGCGGUGAUCGAGGAGCCGCCCAAGUCGUUUAGGUUCGAGCAUGACCUUGGGUAUGGUGAGACUUGGAUAGAUAUUGGAUCCUCGUCUGGCGAAGAAGAGGAGGUGGCUGCCAAGGCGACGCCUGUGAGGAAGGGGAAAAAGGCAACGGGAGCAAAGUCUCAGGCGCGUCCAAAUUGGCCCACAGAUUCCGACCUCCAGGCAAGCAUUGAGCGUAUUCGACGGCUGAGGAAGGAAAUUCAGGGUGCAACUGGUCAGCCUGUGCCAGCGGCGGGUAAGAGGAGGAAGAGGAACUCUGUAAUGUUAAGCCUGUGA